GAUUUUUAGUUUUGUCCUUUUGAUGUUGAUCAACAAAUCAACCUUAUGGUUAUGACCAUAAGUGAUGCACUGCAUGUACCACUUACUAAGAAACAGGAUGUGUCUAACCAUAACACAGUGACUCUGCAAGAACAUGUAGCAAGUAGCCUCUGGUUAAAAUACUUCCUGUUUGAUCAAAGUAGGUGUUAAGACUUUGACAAGCUGGCAUUCAAAACGCACAGAAAGACUGAGCACUCAUAGGGGUAGGACGAUAAGAAACUCAGUUUGGACCAGAAUAUGGCUGAGGUGAUUUACACCAUGCCCAACAUGGCCAGGAACACACAAGGAGAGAGAGAGGAGAGGAUAGUGGAGAUCUACGCUACCAGUGAGAGCCUCGGAGAUCAACACCAGGACUAUGUGGGGACAGAGGAGUCCUCCAAUACUCUGGGAACAGUAAGAAGUCAGCAGCCGGUCCCUGUGAGCCCUCCUCGGUGUCCGAUCAGGGCUGUGGUGGUGCUUCUGGGCCUGCUGUCUGUUGCCCUGCUGGCUGGACUGCUUCGGUUUGUAAUGCAACACAAAACCGUAUGCAUGGACAGAGACGUGGACCAACUUCUCCAUAGGCUGAAGAAUGUGACAGAGCAGAGAGACUCACUGCUUUGUAAACAGGACUGUCCACGUGGUUGGGAUAAGUUUGGUUGCAAAUGUUACCAGGUUACCAGAGUGUGGGGAUCCUGGAAUACAAUCAGGAAGCUCUGUGUUUCCCACAAAGCAGAUCUGGUGGUGGUGGACGGUAAAGAGGAGAUGGACUUCAUUAGCAGGUACGGCGGGGACACCUGGCUCGGAGCGACAGAUGAGGCCAGUGAAGGGUUGUGGAGAUGGGUUGAUGGGACCGUCCUGUCAGCGGAUAACCCCUCCUGGAGUGGAGGAAAACCUGAUGGUGGCAAGGACAAGAACUGCUUAAGGAGGGACUGGGGGUAUCCCAACAUUAAAUGGACAGAUGAGAGCUGUGAAGCCUCAAAGUAUGGGCUUUGUGAACAUAAUUUAUGGAAAUUAUGGAUGAAAACAUUUCUUUGUCUGACUGAUGUGUUUCUUUGACUAUUUUUUUAUCUUAAUGCCAACUAACAUUUGUUGUUUUGUUUCAUACUUGUUGAGUUCUGCCAUUCGAUCAGAGCUGUGAUUGGCCGCAAGGUAUUUUCUCCUUAAAAGGAGAUGACAUGAAGACUUCCCUGGUCACUGCAGGAGCUGUACAUAGAUGCUGCUCUUGGUACAUUAUUUUUUCAAUGUUUCCACAGUUGCUCUCUGUGUUGGAGGCUGAGGUUAGGCGGUAAAGAGUCAUGACAGUCAUUGGCUGGUUUUCAGUUGCUGCAAACCACACUAGUUCUCUAUUUAGGGCUGCAUUUGCUGGCUUUGCCCCUUCAGCUUAUUUAAUAUUUUUUCCAUUGAAAUGUAUCUCGACUUUGUCACCAUACAGUGAUCACUAUAAAACACUUGUGUAUAAAUUAUCUGUUGGUUCUACGGUGUUCAGAGAGAACAGUAGACUUGCGUCUUGGUGUCUGAAUGGACUUGUAGGUCUGCACUUAGUUUUGCGUUACUGGAUGAACACUUUUGAAGGUACAUAUGAAUAUGCAUACAUGCAUUCUCACACAUAGUCAUUUGUAAAUUUCAUACGUACAUUUUGUGUCCAUUCAGCUGUGUUUGCUGUAGUGAAUUGUACCUUUUAUUAAAGCAGCUCUUGAUUAAUAUG